AUAAAAAAUACACUGAAAAUAAUAGGGUUUUUAAAAUUAUCGAUACAUACUCGUUGACCCUAUUGGCUUCUUCUUCAUGGUUCGAAGUUCUUACUGAUCAUAUCUUGUUCACAAUUAUCCAGUAUAGAUUACUCGCAAAGGGAGAGAAUCGUGAUGAUGUUUCAGCAGUCUGGUGGCCGGGGUCAAAGACCCAAAGGGUUUAGAGUUAAACGGGCAUUGCAAUUUGGUUUACUCUUGGCAGUUUGUAUAUGGGUAUUUUAUAAACUUCAGCACUUUAAUAAGAAAGCGUCAAGUAAUGUUGACAGUGCAGAAAGGAGGAUAAGUGAAGUGUCCCAGACAGUAGAAUUGGGACGUAAGGGGAAGGCCGGAACUAAUGCUGGCAUUGUGGAAGUGUUCAGAGAUAGGAAUGGUCCGAGUGGAGUUGAGGAUAUUGGUGAAAGGGAAGAAGUUGGAGCAGAUGGAAAUAAUGACUUAGAUAAGAAUGUUGUUGAGGUAAACGAAGAUUUGAUGGGAAGUGUGGUAAGCGGUGAAGGAGAGAAUGAAGAGGAAAUUGAAACGCAAGAAGGGGAUUCACAAAGAAGUGGAGAUCCUAUUGAUGUUAAAGAUGAGAAUGUAGAGUUUUCGGAUACGAAUGAGAAAGAUAUGAAUGAAGAUAAUGCAGAUGAAAAUGUCAUGAAUCAUGACAAAGAAGUGGAUGAAAAGGAAUUGAACAAAGAUGAAAAUGAAGCUAUAGGUGCUGACAUUGGUGAGAAAGAAACUGAAAAGGAGCUGAACAGACGAGAAGAAGAUUCUGAAGGAAAUGAAAUUGAUAAUAGAGAUGAAAGAAUGGAUUUAAGUAGCCAGGAUGGCUCGGUCGAUAAGAUGCAAAUACAGCCUUCUCAAAGGGAGACAACAAGUGCUGCUGAUGCGAGUAAAACGGAAGACGGCGUUGAUAGUUUUCAAGAUUUCAAUGGAAUUCCACCAGAUGGUCUUCAACUUGUAAAAUCUUCUCCCAAUGCGGAUGAAGCAGACGAGCCUAAUGCAAGUUCUGAUCAAGAAACCAUUCCAAGUUCAGAUAAUGAGACUAGUCAUGGUGAAGAUACAACAAUAUAUGAGGACAUUGAUAAAUCAUCUGAAUUGGAUGGUGGAGUUGAUGACGAGGUGCAAUUUAGCAAGAAAGUGACUGAUUCAGAAAACAAUGAAGGCAGUGAUCCACUCCAGGAACUUAUAUCUCUCAGUAGGACUACCGAACCCGCAAAUGAACCCUCGAACACAAACAUCGCCGAUGCAUGAGCUGGGUUUGUAGUGUCUCUUUUCUUCGUUUGUUGGUUGUAUGGUUCUACCUUGUAACUUUUGCUGGCAAGUUUAAUUGUAAUUAUAAUCGGCAAAAUUUACAUCAAAGAAAUUACCAUAUGGAGUACAUUUUUCUCAGUAGUCAAGGUACUGC